UCUGGUUAAAGUUAUUCAACACCGUCGCCAACAACGCUAACAUCGCUAUUGCGUUUUUUGUGGGAAAAAAUUGUAAUUGAGCGCAAAAAUUUAUUAAGAAAAUUCAAUAAAAAUGCCUAAAGGUCGCGUUAGCAGUGUGUGGCAGCAUUACGACAUCAAUGAGGAGUGCGAAAACUUUGCGGUUUGUCGCUAUUGCGGCAACAAUAUAUCGCGUGGUGGCAUGGCCAGCAAUCUAAAGGGAAAUAAUACGACCAAUUUGUGGACGCACUUAAGGCACAAGCACGCUGACGAGGUGCUCGUUAAUCCCAUACAACAGCGCCCCGUUAGUCGACCAGCAGUUAUUACAUUAAAAAAAGAAAAAACAUCUCGCAUAGCGAAGGCAAAAGUUGUGCGAGAGCCGCUGCGUGUGGCGAAACCAAAAAUUGACGUGCAUGCAUCCAUAUCUGGUGCACUGCCACAGAAAUGGGAAGAGUAUGAGCAGAACGACGAGGUGAGCGAGGACAUCAAAGAUAUCAUAUACAAUGAAGAUCCGCUCUGCUACAGUCCCAUACAAGUGGUCGAGGACGAGAUGCUAGACACAGGCGACAAAGUCACUGUAAUGACCAGCAACAGAGUAUCCAAUGCUAAUCCAGUUGUUGCCACCGUGGUCUCAGCGCCCACAAGCGCUGCAAAGACCCUGAAGAACAAUUUGGAAACAUCCAUCGAUCGGCUGACCACUGUCAGCGAGCAGCUUAGCUACAUCAUACAACAGCAGCAGGAGGAACAAGUGAAGGACGAUGACUAUUAUUUUGCUAUGAGCCUCGUUUCGAGUAUGCGACAAUUGUCAGUGAACCGCAAGCUGUAUGUGCGCGCAAAAAUACAUGAAAUUUUGUACAAAGAGAAUGAGGAGGCUGCGUCUAAAGCUGAAUAGUAAUGCAAAGUAUAAGUUACGGAUAUACAUAAAUCACUUUUAAUUUUAUUCACGAAGUAAAUGAAAACAAAACAGAAAAACCAU